CCAAAAGUGACUGGCACUCAAAAUUUUGGCAGUGCAAUGUGAAACAGCUUGGGGCAUAGCAAAGCUAAUACCAUCAACGCGAGAUGUGAGUCUACAGAUUCUUUCGAUUUCUCAAAUAUGUUUGAAAAGGGGAGAGACUUUCAUGGCCGUUUAUAGCCUUUUGUGGAAAGAAUUCCUUCUUCAGUCUGGUAAAGUACUAAGAAAUUUGGCAACCCGAACGAAAUAGCACUUGAACCAAGGCCGCAGCGCAAAGCUUAUUCUCUCACGAAAAAAUCCUUAGUCCAUACCAAUUACUUUCGAUGGCCCAACAAGAACAUCCUGCUGUAACCCGAUUCCGGGAGUACUUGCGCAUUAAUACUAUGCAACCUAAACCAGACUACCAAAAGUGUGUUGAUUUCCUCGCUGCUCAGGCAACCGAAUUGGGACUGGCAUAUAAGGUGGUUGAAUCGGCUCCGGGCAUACUUAAUAUAUUCAUCACGCUUGAAGGUACCGAUCCUUCUUUGCCGUCGAUUUUACUGAACAGUCAUACCGAUGUCGUGCCUGUGUUCCGCGAGAAAUGGUCCUGCGAUCCUUUUGAGGCUAUCAAGAGAGACGAUGGCUAUAUCUUGGCUCGCGGAGCUCAAGAUAUGAAGUGCGUUGGCUGGAGCUACUUUGAAGCUAUCCGUGCACUUCUUGCUAAAGGCUGGAAGCCAAAGAGAACGGUCCACAUGUCGUUUGUUGCAGAUGAAGAGAUUGGCGGACAAUUGGGUAUGAAACUUUUAGUCAACAGACAAGAGUUCAAGGAUCUGAAUGUUGGUUUUGCGUUGGAUGAAGGCAUUGCUAGUGAGAAAGACACUAUUCGAGUAUUUUAUGGCGAGCGAGCACCAUGGUGGGUCAAGGUUGUAUCAACUGGCCAAACGGGUCACGGAUCGCAAUUGAUUAUUGAAGACAAUGCAACACUCAAGUUGAUGAAAGUCAUUAAUAAGUUUAUGGACUACCGUGCAGAUCAAGAGUACAAACUGAUCCAUGGUAUCGACGGACGUAAAGUUGAGUUGGGAGACGUCAACACCAUCAACCUCACUAUGCUUAACGCCGGAGUACAAUUCAAUGUUGUUCCUCAAGACGCAUGGGCUGGUUUCGAUGUUAGAGUAUCACCGAGAACCGACAUCAAUGAAUUCAAGAACAUGUUGAUCGAAAUGGCAGAGUCUGAACCUGGCGUUAAGCUAGAAUUUGUAACCUUCUUUGGUUCUAACAAACUCACACCGAUCGAUGAUGGCAAUCAAUGGUGGGAAACUGUUACCAAGGUUGCCAAGCAACACAAUAUCUCACUAGAGCCUGAAAUUUUUCCGGCUGCAACUGAUAGUCGCUACUUGCGUGAAAUUGGUAUUCCAGCCUUUGGCAUUUCAUAUCUCAAGAAUGUACCUAUAUUGCUGCACGACCACGAUGAACGUAUUCACGAGGAUCAAUUCCUCGAAGGCAUUCCCUUCUAUUCUAACUUAAUCGAACAGUUGGCAGAACUUUAAAAAAAAACUUGCAAUAAAAUAUUGUUUCCCAAACAUACUGUUUAUUUGUUCAAAGCAAUUUAGAAAGCGUUCGCUCUUACUUAAUGAAAGUGUUUGGCAUGGGCAUUUACAGAUAUGGAUUUACGGGCAGACCGUUUAGUUGCCGCCACGUAGACGAAGGACAAGGUGGAGAGUGGACUCCUUCUGAAUGUUAUAAUCAGAGAGAGUGCGUCCGUCCUCAAGCUGCUUACCAGCGAAGAUGAGACGUUGUUGGUCCGGAGGAAUACCUUCCUUGUCUUGAAUCUUUUGCUU